AUUUCGAGUAUAAAUUAGUCCUUGCUAGUUAUGAUUGUGAUCAUCGUACAAAAUGGCUAAGUAUGGAGCUCUCUUGUGUUCUUAUGCUUUCCCUAUUCUUAUACUCACUAUCAGCUUCUUCAGCAAAGCCAUUGGUCAAGAAGAUAGAAAGGUUCACAUUGUGUACAUGGGGUCACUUCCGACUGUUGAAUUGUACUCAUCGUUGUCUCACCACCUCGGUAUGCUAGAAAGAGUUGUCGAGGGAAGUUCUGCUGCAAAUGUCUUGGUCAGAAGUUACGGAAGGAGUUUCAAUGGAUUUGCUGCCAAGCUCACCGAGCGCGAAAGAGAAAAGCUUGCUAACAUGAAGGAAGUGGUCUCUGUGUUUCCAAGCAGAACUUACCAACUUCAAACAACAAGGUCUUGGGACUUUAUGGGUUUACCAGAGAACGUCACUCUAAAUACCACCAGUGGCGGUGAGAGUGAUAUUGUUGUCGGCGUGAUUGACACCGGAAUUUGGCCUGAAUCCAAUAGCUUUAGAGAUGAUGGGUUUGGUCCUCCUCCCAAGAGUUGGAAAGGUGCUUGUGAAGGUGGCCAAAAUUUUAAUUGCAACAACAAGAUCAUUGGAGCUCGAUAUUACACAUUAGAGGAGUCUGCAAGGGAUGUAAUAGGUCAUGGAAGCCACACUGCCUCAACGGCAGCAGGUCGUGCCGUGAAGAAUGUGAGCUUUUAUGGACUAGGCAAUGGUACUGCAAGAGGAGGAGCUCCUGGUGCGAGAAUCGCGGCGUAUAAAGUCUGCACUGAUCAAGGAUGCACUUCGGAGAAUAUCUUGGCUGCUUUCGAUGAUUGUACUGCUGAUGAAGUCAGCAUUAUUUCAGUUUCACUUGGAAGUCCUUACGCGCCUCCUAUGGAAGAUGAUCCUAUUGCCAUUGGUGCCUUUCAUGCAAUGAAGAAAGGGAUAAUGACCAUACAAUCUGCUGGCAACAGUGGCCCUGGAGAGGGUACUGUAUCAAGUACACCACCAUGGAUUUUUACGGUUGCAGCAUGUAGCAUCGAUCGUAAAUUCAUUGCCAAGGUUUUUCUUGGAAAUGGACGUACAUUGGAUGGGCUAGCCGUGAAUGCUUUUGAAUCAAAUGGAACAAGUGCACCUUUGAUAUAUGGAAGAGAGGCUUCGAGUCACUGCUCAGAAUACCCUGCACAGGAUUGUGCAGAAGGCUGCCUAGACCCUGACAGAGUCAAGGGAAAAUAUGUGAUGUGUGAUAACUUUGGAGGACUAAUUGAGGCUGAUCGAGCUGGUGCAAGAGGUGCGGUUUUAAAGAAUGCAAGAGAUGAUGUUCCUUUUGUUCUCCCACGAUCUAUGAGCGGUGUAAACAACAGUGAUUAUAAUCUGGCCAAAUCCUACCAGAACUCCACCACAAAUCCUCGAGCAAAUAUAGUAAAAAGUGAAGUCAUAAAAGAUCCUACCGCACCAAGUGUCGCUUCCUUCUCUUCGCGUGGUCCUAAUCCAAUUUUACCAGAAAUUUUGAAGCCGGAUAUUUGUGCCCCAGGAAUAGCUAUUUUGGCUGCAUAUUCUCCAAAUGCUUCUGCCUCAGCCAGCCCUUAUGACCAGAGGCGCGUAAAGUACAAUGUACUAUCUGGAACCUCCAUGUCUUGCCCCCAUGCUGCUGGUGCUGCUGCAUACGUUAAAGAAUUCCACCCGGAUUGGUCUCCAGCAGCCAUCAAGUCAGCUCUUAUGACUACAGCUUGGCCCAUGAAUGAUACAAGCACUUCCCCAGGCGAAUUUGGUUAUGGAACUGGACAUCUCAAUCCUGUAAGAGCUAAGCAGCCGGGACUUGUGUACGAUGCUUCUAAAGAAGAUUACAUUAAGUUGCUUUGCAUGUUUUAUAAGGAUGAGACUCGAGUUAGACUCAUCUCGGGAGAUAACAGCACGUGCCCUACUGGCUCCGACAAAGGAACACCAAAGGAUCACAAUUACCCUUCAAUGCUUGCUAAUGUAACAUCAAGGGCAUCAUUUAAGGUUGAAUUUCCUAGAAGAGUUACGAAUGUUGGCCAUGCAAACUCCACAUACAAGGCAAGUAUCUCCAGGAAUUCUGAAAAUGCCGACAUCAAAGUGGUGCCUGAAGUCCUUUACUUCAAAUCCUUGAACGAGGUGAAAAGUUUCGUUGUGACCGUUGCUGGACCAGGCCUGUCCGUGGCUGGAAUUGUGACAGCGUCACUGACUUGGUCUGAUGGAAGUCACCACGUUACAAGUCCAAUUAUUGUACGGGGAGUGUAGCGCAAUCUUAGCCUUAACUGCACUGUUUGUAGUAAUAAUGUUCGGGACUUGAUUGUUGCAUUGCAUAGCAAGCAAACUUUCUGAUUGUAUGCGAAACAUUCUUCAUACUAGUCAAGUUCAUAAAAUAAGGCCAAACAAUGAGGAAUUUACGAGAGAGAAUCAAUUAUAUUUCAAUUAACAUAUGAAAUUUGUAUGUAGAAUUUCUGUUUCCCAAGUGUA